AUGAAUUUAUUAAUAUACGUGUUUCUAAUCUCUUUCGUCAAAUGUUUUGAAUCAACAUGCAAAUACUUACACGUUUCAACUGACAUUGAUAAAAGCAAAGACGAUAUAAUCAAAGCAGGUGUACCAGCCAGACAGUGGGUAUUGGAAGCAGACACAUUUCAAUUGGUGAAUAACUCCGUUCAAAUGGACUACUUAUAUGUCUCUAUGGACAACAAGAUCUAAUUAACAUAAGACAUGGUGCAGUUGGAAUUUGAUGAUCAUUAUUUUGCAAACAGUACACUUAACAUAGAGCAUCAUUAAAACAAUGUCUUUUCAUUGAAAAUUGAUUACAGAUGUAAAUAAUACGGCGGUAGAUUGAUUCAGUAUGAAGUGAUAUUUAAUAUACCAUCUUGUGGAUCUGCUAAAAUUUAUUGGUAAAAAUUAUGUGGAAGUCCUUUGAUAAAACGCCAUGGAUUAAAUGUGGAUGCACUUAUUAAGUCAUACAAUUAAACAGUUGUUAAGGAUGGAGAAUUGGUAAACAAAGCUUAUUGGGACAAGGACUUUGAUAAUUUUGUUUUCACAGUUCCAGCCAAUCUGAAUUACUCCAUCUUUUACGUUUAUAUGAAUCUAACUAAGAACAGCGAUGAAGAAAACAUUUUGAAUAAGGAGGAAACAAAAGAUUUCUUUAAAGAAGUUGAUUAAUCGAAAUCAGAAGCAGAAACAACAUAGGAAGAAUUUCAAGUUUUGGAAGCAAUACUAAAAUUAAUACCAGAAGUGCAUAUCUCUCCUCCAUAUGUUGAUGCAGAUCAUACUAUUACGAAACCAAUUAUAAGAGGCGAUUUAUUUAAAGGUGGAGUUGUAACAGAUGAGCCCUCAACUUUAAUUGUAGAAUACAACUGUGUUGAAAAUGGAAAUACCACUAUAGAAUUAAAUAUUCCUUUGUAGUAUUUCUAAGAUAUUACUAUGGUAUUUUAAAAGCAAUGUGUAGUUUCCGCAUAAAGUUCAUUUUCAACUUUAUCAUUUUUAUUUUAUUUGAUCUGUUUUGCAGUUGCAGGGUUUAUGCUGUAUACAUUUGAAGUACAUAAAAUGAGUUUAAGUGAUAUUUUGAGAACCUUUCAACAACGAUAGAGAUUCAAUUACAAGGCAACUGGAAAGGAUGAAGAUAUUGAAUCUGAAUUCAAAAUAGGAAGAUUAGUUGAUAAUUAGGAAAGUAAAUAUGGUAGCAUUUGA